UGUCAUCGGAAAUUUUUUCUAGAAAUAUGAAAAUUCUCUGAUAGGCAUUAUGACAUCGAUACCUUCCCUCAACCAGAAACCCUAAUGAUGUAAAAAAAUUUUUUAGAAAAAGCUAGAAGCCCUAAUUUGUUAAGGAAAAAUCCAAAGAAAGAGAAGAUAGAUAGUAAUGCUUAGCUUUCAUUCAAGGAUAAGGUGUUGAAGUCCCCGAUUCCAAGAAAGGGGUUAGGGUAUGGUUUUGAGCCGUCGAUCUUGCGAAGUCGUAAGAUAAAACACCAAAUCCAGAGUGAGUGAAGACAAAAGUAGAUGGAAGACAAGGCAGCAAAGAAGGGGUUAGCGGGCACAGGUCUGGAACUUCCAGCUAAUCGCCAUGGCAACUUGAAAAGCGCCUCCAGCGACCAAAAUCACACCGAAAUACUCCAGCAUGUCAAGUCUUCGAAAGCCCCUGCAGUUAUUAAUUACGGUGCAUCGUGGUGUCGAGUCUGUAGCCAAAUUCUUCCUGCAUUCUGCCAUAUGAGUAACAAGUUCCCCAAGCAUUCAUUCAUAUUUGCAGAUAUAGACGAAUGUCCAGAAACAACUCAGCACAUUCGAUACACACCAACAUUUCAUUUUUAUCGCGACGGUGACAAGGUAGAUGAGAUGUUCGGUGCCGGAGAAGAACGGCUGCAUGAUCGGCUGUGGCUACAUUCUUAGAAUACAUACAUUUUUGGAUCACCUUUUAUGAAUUGCGUCCAGCAAUGUUAUAAUAGACUACAAUUUGAUAUAUAGCUGUUGUAUUGGCUAAGUGUAGCUGUUGUAUUGGCUAAGUGUGUGUAAACUGGCUUUGCUUUAAUGAAGUCUAUGCAUUUACAUCAUUGAAUUCCCAUUCAUACACACUGAUUGGAUGACUGAAGCAGCAACAGCAGCUAUCCCUAAUCUAUGCAAUGUAAGGACAGGAAGAUUUAAUACCCAUCAAAGAUAAAACAAACUUCCCACAAGAAGUUGAAACAAAACCCUGAGAAGAUGGAAACAAUCAAUUCCAUUGAAUUUAAUAAAUGUCAAUUACUAAAUGACCACAAGAAAUGGGUUACUACCCAUUAACUCAAAACAGAAACAGUUUGCCUCAAAAACAAAACCC